UAAAUUAUUUAUGUAAGGUUUUUAAUGACUUUUAAGCCGUUUUAGUCUAUAAAUAGAUACGUAAAUUAAGGAACUAAAUGAAAAGACCUUGAGAACAAGUCUCGUGGGGAGUGCCGCUACGUCAUCGACGGGAAGUUUUGCAGUUAUGUAUGACCACCAGCUGGUUCCUGAUUGGCCAACAAAGCCUCGACGGCGGCCAUUUUGUUGCUUCUGAGUCACCAAAAGGUGAAAAAUGUACGGAAUUAAUCGGCACUCCCCCCGAGACUUCACAACGGUAUUGGGCAUUUCCCUCGUGAACACAAAAUUUGGGUUUCAUGUUCCCUAACUACCACAGCGUGGAUGAAAUAAUAUUUUUCGUGGGAUUGAUUUUAAAAAACUUGCCAAAUUUUAUUUACUUCGAUUCUUGAGUCGACGGAAAAGUGGUUUUCAAAAGUUCAACACUCCUAGUUGCGAUAAACUCUGUUUUCCAGCACAAGUUCGGUCGGCUGGUGGUCGUCGCUCGGAGACCUUGUGAACUCAAAGAAAUAAAAUAGUGCAGGGAGUGUGCGGCCGUGAUUUAGAUAUUAUCAUGUGUUUUACCUAACUGUCAAAAUAAUAGUGAAGUGAUCAGUGUACGUCGCGGAUUGUUUACGUAGAUGUUGACUGAGUAGUUCAACGCGGUGCGGCAGGAUGUAGCCCGAAGUUUUUGCAGGCUUGAAGAGCGGAAAGUGUCCUUUUUAUUUAGAGGGAUUUACCGGCCGCUAUAAUGUCAGAGACGACGAUGGUGAAGGUGAAGACCGAGCGGCCCGAUGAGGCGGAGAUUCGGGAGCUCGCCGCGAAAAUGGUGGAGGCGAACAAGGCGAAGGCGCUAGCGGCGUCGGUGGCGGCGGCCCGGCCUGGUCCCGGCGCAAUGGGCGCGGCGCCGCCCGGUGCCGGCGGGCAGCUGGGCAUCCUCAACUUCCUCACCCGCAAGACCGGCGCGCCGCCCGACACGCGGCCGCCCGUCGACCCCGAAAAGAAAACCCCGGCCCCAGACGAGGCCAGCUGGAAAGGCCACUUCGGCUGGGACAUGCUGGGAAAGUGUCACAUCCCCUACAUCUACCGGUCCGGGGAGAAAUACGUGGCCGUCAGAAUGGUAGAAAUUAAAUUAUUAAACAAGUACCUGAAUUACCUUCAUGCAGACAUUUACUCUUGCACCUGUAUAAGGAGUUACUACAUAACAGAGAUAGAAGCGAGGCUUCUAAACGAAAUAAACAGCAGGCAUUGUGAUGGCCAGUUCGGUAGAGAUGCCUUUACACAAAAGGACCUUGUGGUUCGGUUAUCAGACGCUUAUGAAUUUUAUAACUUCUUAGAUGUAUGUUACAAUAAGUUACUUAGAGGUACAACAAAUAGUAAAGACAAAUGUGGGUUCAUCAGAAUAAACAAAGAGUCGGUAGUACCGUACACAGUGAGAGACGGACAGAAGUUUGUGCCCUUGUUUUAUUUCGAAGGUGAAACGGACAAUCUUAAGUUGAAAGCGGACCAGUUGAAGGGUUGGGACUUGUCGUACUUGAAGUUCUGCUGUAAAGUGCAAGGCAUCCGGAAUGAACUAUUUGCUAGUGAGACUUGCUCAGUGAUAAGCUUGUCGGAUAUCAAGAGCUACUUCCCGCCGGGGACGGAGUUUGAGGAAUACUGGCCAAACAAGGUUGUGGAUUCACAGCUUCUCAUUUCUGCUAAAGGUUCAAUAGGAAGCGGAGGCCAAUGGACACGAGCGCCUCCCGCGCCUCCCCCAGGAGUAGUCGCGCAAGGCGCCGGCGUCGGCCUCUCGGGCGCCUCGACCCGAGGCCGGCGGCCUAACGCGCAGCGCCACGCGCCGUCAUCCAUGCAGAUGCCGCACGCGGGUAUAUCCGCGGCGACGGUGCAGGCGUUGGCUGGGUGGAGUCUGCCUGGGACACUCACGCAGGCGCAGACGCAGCAGGUGCUGAGGCUGGCGCAGGCGCAAGUUGCCGCUCAGGCGCAAGCAGCAGCGCGCUACAGCAACGCGGCAAUCGCCGCCGCCGCGGCCGCCAUGCCGCAGCACCGCGCGCAGCAGCACCAACGAAAUGUUCAGUUUCCGAACAGUGCAAUAACAAUGGCGAUGGGACAGCAACCGCCGCCGCCUCUCGUAAGGAGCACGGCCAACACAUCUACUAUGAAUGUACCCCCGCAAGUGACCGGGUCGAUGAAUGGCCACUCAACCUCUCACGCCGUGGACAAUCGCAAGCGGCUUACGCCGAUAACAGAAAUCAGUAUUACUGGCAACCAUACGCCGUAUAAGGUUCAAAAAGCGCUGGUGGAGAACACAAUGGUACCUUGCAUCAACGCGAAGCCUUACCAGUACACCGAGCUGUUAAUGACCCUUCCAGACUUGGCCAGCCACUUCUUCCCUCGCGUACAGCUCGCCACGUGCCGCGCUAUGCUCGACGCGCUUGGCCUCACUCUUUACCGGCCCAACUCAACGCAACUCCAAGUCCUCCGCAACUCGGGCAAGUGUAAAUCGGCGGCCGCUGGCGAGAACGGCAUGGCGCUGGUGCAGAUCCGCGACGUGAUGCAGCACAUGCCGCAGUUCAAGUACAUGCUGCGCUCGGGGCUGGCGGCCGACGAGCCGCAGCACGCGCCGCGGCCCGCGCAUGCGCCGCCCGCUAGCCACGCCAAGCGCGCCCGGGCCAACUAGGCGCACACCGCACC